CCCACUUUUUGACCUUGCGGGCACAGGACAUGGCCAUGGCACACCCUCGAGCACCUCUUCCCCUCGGCCUCUGUACCAUCCUUGCUCGCCUCAAAGACGUCGAGACAAUGGCGAGAGACUUCAGGCCAAAGGACAAGAACAAGGUCUCAAGACCCCACAAGGGCGCCAGCGCCGCACCAGCACCUACUCGUACCCCCUCCGCCCGCGCCUCUGCCACUCCCGCCGCCUUUUCCCAGGCGUCUGCGACAAAGUCCAGCCCUCGUCCUGCCAGUGGCUUCGACAAGGCUGAGUCCGACAUCGAUGAAGACGAAGAGGGCAACGAGGACGAUCUCAGAGAGGCGAUCGCAGCCCUGGGAGGGGAGCAAGGAGACCUUGAUCUCAUCUCAGCCAAGGCUCUCAAGGGUAAAGGCAAGGGAAAGCAAAGAGCAGAGGAUGAGGCAGACGAUCCAAAUCUCGGCAAUGAGCUUCGAGCAUUCAUGAAGGGCCUCAAGUUCGACAUCCAGGCGCCUUCACAAGUGAAGUCGGAAAGAUCUGCCAAGGCGGCCAGGGAGGUGCCUACUUUGACCCAAGACCCCUCGAUCAUCGAAGAGAAAGCCAAGUCGGCUUCAGCAUCGAAUGAUCAAGAGCAGAAGCCGAAGAAAGACAGGAGACCCGAAAAAAUUGGCCAAACAGAUGGGGAAAGAGCAGCAGCUCGAGCCAAGAAGGAGCGAGAAGACAAGUUGGAUGCCAUUGCGUCCAAAGCAAGCCGCGCUGCCGAAGUGCAAUCGUUGCCUACUUCCUCUACAGUCCGCAAGGGAGGGCACCUUCUCCUUGACCCACUGCCCGAUUGGAUGAAUGUUGCCUUGGAGCCUCUGCCUGCUGCUUCUCCGUAUUCGAAUCACGGCAUCCUGCUACCGCAUGACCGUCUCUUGUCGCUUCUCUCUCAAGGCGCUGCUCUUCUGGAUACUGACAACAAAGCAUAUCACACAUUGCUCAACUCUGGUUCGUCGGCAAAGAUGACUUCUUUGGGCGGUCUGACGCCAAGUGAUGCCAAAUUGAUCGCCUCCCUGCUAGGGAACACGACGUCGUCAUCAAACAGCACCGCUGUCGGCGGUGGAACACUGUCUGACAGGAUUGCUGCACACGCUCUGCUCCUUGGGUCGUCUCCGCACCAUAAUCUUCGCUCUCUUGACGCUCUCGUGAGUAUGGCAUCCAAGAAGAGCCGGGAAGAGAGCGGGCGGGCGACAAGGGCCUUGGCAGACUGGUUCGCUGGAGCUGGACUUGGCAAAGGUCGCAAGUUGAGAUAUCUACGAGACCAACCACAUCUUGCGACGACAGCGGAAGCUCCCGAAGGAACAGCGAGAGAUCAACGUUUGGCCUUAUAUGCCUAUGAAGAUCGCCUGAAGAAAACUUACUUCGCCUUUCUUCAGGCCUUGGAGACGCAGUCGCACGAUACUUUGGCCUUCGUGCGUCAGCAAGCCGUCACGCAAAUCUACCUACUUCUCCGCGAGAAGAGCGAACAGGAGCAAAAUCUUCUACGGCUCCUCGUCAACAAGUUGGGUGACGGCGAGCGAUCAGUGGCCAGCAAAGCGACGAACUCUCUGCUCGAGUUGCUGAACACACAUCCCGCCAUGAAGUCAAUCGUCGCACGCGAGAUAGGCGAGCUGAUCCGCAAGCCCACUAGAUCUACCGGCCGAGCGGAUAAUGAAACGACAAAGAAGCACCACAGUCAUGCCAAGUACUACGGUGUGCUGGCUCUCAAUCAAAUCGUUCUGACAAGGCAGGACGCAGCAGUCGCUACUCCACUGGUCCACCUUUACUUUGAAUUGUUUGAAGACGGCCUUGGCCGCCUGAGUCAGGCAGUAGAGGGCGAUCAGGUUGGAGAGGCCGCGCCAAGUGCCGCUCUCAGCGGCAAGAAGAACAAGAAUCGUUGGAGAGAUAACAAGAGCAAGAGUCAAGGCAAAGGCAAGGGAAAGAUGAGCACUACCACAAGCACCGAAACCUCCAGGGUGCAAGACGCGGACAGUAAGAUGAUGGCGGCAAUCCUCACCGGUGUUCGUCGGGCUUUCCCAUUUGCUGAUCUCGACUUUGGCGCAUUCGACAAGCACCUGAGUACGCUUUUCCGUAUCACCCAUUCUGCCUCCUUCAACAUCGCCGUCCAGGCUCUUCAGCUCAUCCACGUGAUUGCGACGUCUUCAACAAGUUCAUCCCAGCACAUCUUGGAUCGCUUCCAUUCGACCCUGUACUCUUCGAUGUUGGACCCCCGAUUGGCUAGUACGAGCAAAUCAGCGAUGUACCUCAAUCUCUGCUUUAAGGCUAUACGUGAAGACAUUGACGAGUCGAGGAGAGCGGCCGAAGUCAAGCGCCUACUGCAAAUCCUUGGACAGAUGGAUGUCGAGUUCGUAUGUGGUGCCCUGUUCCUUGUUGCCGAGCUCCUUAGAGCUCAACCGCGGCUUCGCAGGUUGUUGACCGACCCUGAGGAUGAUGACGAGGUGGCGGUCGCCAAUCCGCCUGAUGAAGAGGAAGUCGGUCCACAAGCCAGCAAUCUUACUGAGACGCAGAAUGGGCCGGGUCUGGUCGGCCCAGCUUCACACCGUUACGAUCCCUUCAAACGUGAUCCGCGGUAUGCCAAUGCCCAGGAUACCUGUCUUUGGGACCUCGUACCCCUUCUCGGGCAUUUCCACCCGACGGUCAAACUGCUAGCUCAUCAGCUGCUCACCAACGAAGCACUGACAACUGCGCCUGAUCUGAGCCUCUACUCGCUGUCUCACUUCUUGGACAGAUUCGUAUACCGAAAUCCCAAGAAGAGGAGCACUCUCCAAAAGGGGGCUAGUGGCAUGCAACCCGCCAUCGCUGCCGGAGGCGGCAUCGAAGGCGGAAUCAGAAGGAUCAAAGGAUGGGGCGGAACAGGAGAAGAAGUCAAUACGCCCAGAUUCUGGAAACAGAAUGUGCAAGACGUAGCUGUUGACUCCCUCUUCUUCCACAAAUACUUCAAUCUGAGAGAGGCGAGGCCGAGCGAAGGUGGCGCAAAAGGCACGAAGAUGAGAGGAGACCAAGACGUUGAGAGUGAGGAUGAAGAAGCAAGUGAGGCCAGCUAUGUCGGCAGCGAUGUCUCUCUUGCCUCUGACGAAGUGGACGAAGCUCUUCGGGACGGAAGAGCUGAAGGCGACAGCGGCAGUGAAGCAGACUCCAGCGACCUUCGCGAGGGCGAGAUCUGGUCUGCGAUGAAGAGAACGAUGCCUAAAGAGGUCGGAGAUGAAAGUCUCUUUGCGGCUAGUGACGGUGACGAUGAAGACGACGAAGACCUCGCCGUGUACGACUACACCGAGAGCGAAGAGGACACGGGGCAAGACGAGGAUGGCGACGACGAAGUUGACGGUGUGGCCGGAAGGGAUCAGGACGAUGACAGCGACGAUGAAGAGGCGUCUAUGUUCGAAGAGGACGAGGAUGAUCUACUGCCCUUUGCGGAUUUCGGCAGCGAAGCUUCUGACGAUUCAGACGAUGCAGACACGCGCAUUGUAACCCCCGCGCCUGGAAAAAGCAAAAAGCGAGAUCGCCUCGAGAGCGCAGACCAAGAGAGCAAUCAGCCGAAGAGCAAGAGCCAGCUGGCGAGACAUGAGAGGAAGAAGCGCAAGGCUACAUCAGCAUUCGCCAGUGCAGAGGAUUAUGCUGCUCUUAUCACGCAGGGGGAGGCAGACGAGGGAGAGGUCUAGUUGGCCCAUUGAUGUGUACACUCAAUACAAAGACCUUCAAUAUCUCGUUGCGCUGAAAUUAUCAGGCAAUAUCGCCCAAAGCUACAAGUCAGAAGUCGUCUAGUAGUGCUUUGUUCAUGGUAUAAUUUAUUCCGUCGCAUCAGAUGAAGAAAUUGACAGGUUGCAAUA